AGAGGCCAUUCUUUGUCUACUGAGAAACAGAGAUUGAUCCAAGACUGAUCUCACUGAGGUAAUUUGGGAGCCUCACGGUUUAUUAUAUCCAAGACUGAUAUAUGUAUAUGUAAUAUACGUAUAUAUGUGUACGUGUGACUUGCGUCACGGUGACGUUAAAUAGAUCAGGUAGUCUGCGAUCAACCGUUUGCCCAACGCAACCAAGAUAUCCCACUUUGUUUUUACACACCACACGCAAUGUCUUUGUCUGCUAGACUAUGUGUCGUUGUUAGGUGCUGUUCAUCUCUAGACAGUGCCCGUCAAACUGCCAAGCAGAUCACUAGGUAUGCGUCGACCUUUAAUGCACGCGACAAUAAUAAUUUCAUCCAGAAGUCAGUAUUUAUAUCACAAUCCACGGAUGUGUUCGUCAACCUAGCAUUAGAGCACUGGCUGUAUCGCAACUUUGACUUCUCCAAGCAUCACAUUUUGCUGUUCUGGAGGAACGAUCCCUGUGUGGUUUUUGGCCGCCAUCAGAAUCCCUGGCUUGAAUGUAAUGUUCAAGCAUCCGAAAAGGCAGACAUUGCGCUGGCACGCCGAAAUAGCGGCGGUGGUACUGUUUACCACGACAAUGGUAAUCUCAACUUGACAUUCUUUACUCCACGUGAAAGAUAUAAUCGGAAAUACAAUUUGAACAUCAUCACGAACGCUUUGUUUCGGCAAUGGGGACUGAAGAGUGUGAUCAACAAGCGAGAAGAUAUUUUAGUUAAUGAUGAUUGCAAGAUAUCUGGAACAGCUGCAAAAUUGGGAAAACUAAAUGCCUAUCAUCAUUGCACGCUUUUGGUCAACGUGAACAAAGCCAAUCUGAGUUCUAUUCUUGAAAGAAAAGAGAAUAGUAUUGUUACAAAUGCAACAACUUCUAUACGUUCUCCAAUUAUGAACUUGAUUGAUAUAAACCGAAAUAUUCAAAUGGAUAAGCUCUUGUCUGCUAUUGGUUGGGAAUAUCUGCGUACGAAAGCCCUCGCUCUCGAAGACGGAAGAUAUAAUCUGGUUGAACAACAAAAGGGAUUCAAGUUUAUCAAUCCAACCGAAGACUGGUUCCCUGGAAUUGAUAACUUCACCAGUGAAUUCCGUUCUUGGGAUUGGAAUUUCGGCAGAACGCCGAAAUUUAUAGUUACCCGCACGCUUGAUUUUCCCGCUCACGAUGGUAAAAUAUAUCGCCUAAACUUGAGUUUGGAAGUGCAAAACGGUUUCGUGGAAGAAAUCAGAAUGAGUUUGCCCGCUGGCUUAGUAUCGACCGACUUCGCCCAAGAUGCGAGUGUCAUUAGUAAUAUUCGCGGCACAAAAUACAAUCAUGAUGUAACAGAAAACAUAAUCACAGCGAUUGGCGGUAAAACCUUAAAUACGACUCAACAAAUCAUAGAUGAGAACAAUAUGAGGCUUGACGAGGUUACACUACAAUGACCCGGAGUCUCGAGCAAUCACCAUUCUGCUCCUAAUGUCAUUGUGUUCAAAUGAAAAUAAUUAGUGUUAAAAUUAUGCACGUUGU